CGUGCGCUUCCAUGGUAACGCCACAAAUCAUACGCGACAACCAUCAUGGAUCCAUCGGACUGGAACGUUUUGCCAGACUUGGUUCUUUUAGAAGUAUUUUCUCAACUUGGGGAUGAGGAUCGAUUGACCACUGCGCUUGUUUGUAAAAAUUGGCAUCGAAUAUUUCAGAGUCCACAACUUUGGAGAACAAGGAGAGUGAUAUUUAGUGCAGAAAACCCUUUUACUGUAGCAACCAAGUCUUUAGGAUUCCUGAGGUCUUUUGGAAAAAACUUAAAACACCUUACUGUUGGAUUUUCAACUCCAACUUUUCGGAAUGCCAAACAAAUUUCGAAGGCUGUGGAAUUAUUUUUUAGAAAAGCAUCUCGUAUUUCGGACUUAAGAAUAAGCGAAUUUACACUUCAAAACGCCAACAUGGAGGUGCGCUGGCAUUUCAUUUUGUCUAGAAACCGUAUUGUUUCGGCUCUGUGUAUGUUCUUGAAAAGUUUACAAGAAGUGUCUUUAAUUAACCUUAUUGCAGCCAAAAUGUCGCUGACAGAUGGUUGUCGAGUGUUGGAAUCUCUUGGAAGAGGAAAGGCUUACAAGACUUUAAAAACGGCGUUUAUAGAGGACAUGUUCCAGGCUCAUGUUUCCCCAAACAGACACAAACGAUACACGUCGGCUAUUACUAGAUUUAAAAGUAUUUCAUGGAUGUAUACGAACUAUGAUACUAUUAAUAGCGUAAUCUUGUCGAACAUUUCCAAACAUAUGGGGAAAAAAUUUCAUAAGUUAACCUUAACAAUAGACUCUGAUGUCAGCUCAAAUAUAAUACAAAACAAAGAUUGGAACGAUUUUUUUAACAAUUGUCAAAAUGUGGAGGUUGUAUUGUACAUUUAUGCAUCCGCAUUUAAACAAGAUGUGCCAUCAAUUCUUGUUUCUGGGAUCCCAUUGAAGGAAAUAGACAUUGUUUCUUGGCCGUCCACUGAGAGUGCGCGAAGAGCACUAGAAUCGCAAAUUUCAAGAACUCUUGGUCAUAUAUCAACGACUUUUUGUCAUCGUUUAGAAUGCUUAACUUUGCACUUGGACCGGAAUCCGCCGAUUGACUCUGAUCUUCUGCUGGUACUCAGAAGAUGUCAACACCUUAAAGAAUUGAACUUGUACUGCAAACUCAAGGUUGAAACAGUCCAAGCAAUGUGCCAGAUGCAGCAGCAACGAAUGAUAGAUCUGCACGCCAUAACUCUGGCUAUACAUGGUUUGUCCGAGACUGAAUGGAGAACUCUGACCGCAGUCCGUGUGGACCUGAUAGAGGCUGUAAGCAGGCGCAAAUCACGAUUAUUGUGUAUUGGAAAUGUUGAAAAUUAAAGAAAAGGUUAAUCUA